AUCGCGAUUGGCAACCCAGCUCUACUCAGUAAUAGUCAUUGAAAUUAAAGUCGCAAAAUUGAAAUAGCUGGAUAGUUGGCAAGGACCCAAAGAGACGGAGAAGAUGUACCAGGAAUACCUUAACCAAUUGCAGGCCUCCAUCGCGCCAAUGGGCUCUGAGGAACUGAAGGAGCUGCUAAACAACGACGACAAGCUGGACGAGAAAGUCGACGAAGUACUUCAGGUGCUGCGAACCCAGAAGACCAGCGUUUUCGAAGACAACCGGAGUCGAGCGGAGCGCAACAUCGAGCGGGAGCCCCAAAUCAUCGAGCUGCGCGGUCGUCUGGCGGAGCUCUCGGAGGAGGGGCGCACCAGGUGCUCUUCUGUCCAGGAGAAGCUGUCCCAGCUCAAAGAGAAGUCCGGCGGUGUGGGUCCGGAAACGGCGCUCGCCCUGCUGCAGACCGCCGCCUCCGAAAGCGAGGAGCAGACGGAGGAGAUGGUCAAGAAGUUCAACGACAGCGAUCUUGGGGUGGAGCCCUUUCUGGAGGAGUUCCUCGCCAGCCGGCGGACCAUGCACCUGCGUCGCCUCAAGGCCGAGAAGAUGCAGGACCUUAUGCGCAAACAGCGCCAUGGUCCGCCAAACGCUUCCCUGCCAGCCUACGGAAACGUGCCCUCCGGCGGAUUCUAUCCCUCGGCCGGGGUCUCAGCCCCUUACCCCCUGGGUCCCAUGAUGCCCAUGCCACCGCCGUCCAGACCCUACUGAGAUCUCGGCUCCUGUUCGAAGCGUACUAACUGCCAUGGCGCAUCAAGCAGCAGCAGUUAAAAACUGUGUUUAUUGUUUAAAAUUUCAGAAUCCUCACUUUAAGUACAUAUUGCUUCAGUUUCUUCUUCUGAUUACAGUGGGUUAAUUGCAAAUCAGAGGGAACGCUCUGCCUGCUUUAAAAUUAACAUUUGAGGUGCUCCACAUCUCUGCCUGCACUAAACUAUGAUAUAAUUAUAUGUAUAAAUUAAGCGAAAAUUAACAUUAAUAUUAGACAGUGAACAUUUCUUGUUAAAAAUAAACUUUUGGAUAAAAAAUGAAAA